AUGGAGCCUGAGAUCCUGCUCUGCUUCCUCCCAGGGGCCCUGCCCAAACCCGUCCUCUGGGCCGAGCCAGGCACUGUGGUCCCCCGGGCACGGCCUGUGACCUUCGUGUGCAGUUCCCCAGGUGGGGCUGAGUACUUCCGCCUGGAGAAGGAUGGAAAACAUUUUCAGGGUCAGGAAAGUGUGUCUCAAGAUGGUUCGCAGGCGACCGAGGCCAGAUUCCACUUCCCCGCGGUGAGUGAAGACAUGGCUGGGAGGUACCGCUGCCUCUAUCACGAUGUGCAUGAGAGGUGGUCUGAGCGCAGUGAGCCCCUGAAGCUGCAGGUGACAGAGAAGGACUACUCCACUCCGCCCUCAGGAGGCCCCCGAGUUCUCAGCUCCACCCCCAGCUCCACGCCCAGCUCCACUCCCAGCUCCACUCCCAGCUCCCCGCCCAGCUCCGCCCUCAGCUCCACCCCUAGCUCCACCCCCAUCACAGACACAAAGCCCCUCUCAGCUGGCCUGAUGAACAAAUACAUUUAUAUCCUUGUUGGGACCUCCGUGGCCGUUCUCCUCUGCCUCCUCCUGCUGGUCCUGCUCUUAGUCCGUCGCCGGCGUCAGAGAAAACACGAGUCCCUCCACAGCAAAGGCGAGGAGCAGAGGCCCCAGGAGAGGCUCAACCCAGCAGCUGACAUCACAGAGGGCACCCCAGAUGAGGCCACAGUCUGUGAACCUCCUGAGAAAAACAGGGAGACGCAGAGCCCAAGCCCUGAUGCGGAGGACGCCCAGGAGGUGACAUACGCCCAGCUGGACCCGCGGGCCCUCACCCUCAGGGCAGCCCAAGCUGUGUCCCCACAGCCCACGGAGGCCACCCCUGACGGCAGCACAUAUGCAGAGCUUCCCAGACGCUGACCCGGGACCCCCUGGCCUCUGCACCCACAGACACAAGUCACCUUUUA